AUGGAUAGCUUGGGUCCUAACAGCACGAACAGUGAGGAGAUGGUUGAAAGCACAAUCACUCCGCCUAAGGACUGCAAAAUGUGCUCCGAGAUCAUCAAAUUAUUCCAAGCUCCUUAUUAUCAUUACGAACGAGGCAUCAUUGAUGGUGAACACAUCGAUUUGGGGAAAGUCAGCGAACGCCUUACCGACGACUGUCCCCACGCGACCUGGCUCCGCGAUAUCGAGUACAGAGGCGGUCCAGUGCCCUUCUACGAACAGCGCCAACUCAAGUUAUAUAGAUGGAUACGCCAUCAUGUGUGUAAUCUCAUUAUCCAUUACCAUAACAGACAAGGUAAUGUCUGGGCCUCCACCCCAGGCUUUAAGCUGGUGCGUCGGCCGGAGAUACCUGGGCAUGUCGGGGGCAUGCGUAUCAUGGAUGAGAGCUGGAUUGACCUCGACGUUGUGAAAGGUUGGCUGUUGAGGUGCACCCAAAAGCACAGCGAGAGGUGCAACAAGACUGUAGGGGAUGUGCCGCCGUUCAAGCCUCGACUUCUGAUAGAUGUUACUCAAGGCUGCAUCGCAGAGUGCGAAGAAGAAAGGCCGAGGUUUUUGACCCUAUCAUAUACUUGGGGAAAUUCAAAGAACUUCCGUAUCACAAAAGUCAACGUCGAAGCAAUGAAACAGCCAGGGGUGCUGAACUCUGACGUUAGUGUUUCGGAACUACCCAGAACUAUUCUUGAUGCUAUCAAACUCACUCGGGCCUUGAAGGAAAGGUGGCUGUGGGUCGACAGCCUAUGCAUUGUUCAAGACGACGAGGAAAGUUUGCAGCACGAACUCGCGGCUAUGCAUCAGAUCUACGCCAGUUCCUUCAUCACUAUAGUCGCAGCUGAUGGUCAAGAUGCAGAGUACGGUAUACGAGGGCUCAGAGGCAUUUCAGAACCCAGAGACAUCAAAAGAACAAUAUUACCUCUUUCCGGUGGCGAAAGGAUCGCCUGGAUAGAAAAUCCUCAUUUCGAGGAGCGGAGAAGCGACCUGAGUUACAAUCAGCGAAUGUGGACAUCCCAAGAGUACGACUUCUCUAAGAGACGUCUGGUUAUCAAGAAUGGACAGGUGAAGUGGAAAUGCAACUGCUCGGGUUGGUCUGAGGACCAUCUGGCGGAACGACCGAUUGAAGCAGAGUUCGGGAGUUACGUUUGA